AUGGUCCUGGUGUCUCCUCAGAGUCCCUGGUUCUCACAUGGUCCUGGUGUCUCCUCAGAGUCUCUGGUGUCCUCGCUCCUCCUGGUCCGUCCCUGUGAUCUUCCGCUCUUUGAGUCCAAGCUGCAGAUGUGUUUGUCUGAGUUUAACCGUAGCCUGCAGCACGAGCCGAGAGGCGGCUGCAGGUGGCCUCAAGUCAAAGGUGGCGUGUCUCCGCUGGUGGACCACCUCUUCAUGGGAGUGCACCAGGAGUACUUCUCAGAGUGUGGCCAAGUGCAGGACCCGCCUCUGACCAUCGUCGUCCUCAUGGUGGCGCCGCUGGUCAUGUGUACGCUGGUGCUGCCCAUGGUCUGUGUGCAUCUGACCACAUCGUACCAGACCUGA